GCGAGCUAGUAGCACGCACUUUGCAUGAGCUGAUGCGAAUCGUUGGGAUUCAUGUCGGUUCGAAGGGAUAGGUAGGGAUCAGUAUGGAUGUCGUACCCAUAGCAUUAAAUAAGGCUGUGAGGUGCUUUCAUUUUCCGGUGUAAUGAGUGUAAUUGUUCUUCGUCAGAAAAGUAGAUUUUACUGAAGACAGGCCAUAGUAACGAAUAUCUAAGAUGUGAAAUUAAUACCUCUGCCCUAUUUUCAUUAUCAACGUUCUUAGCGCCUUAAGGAUAGGUUUUAAUUAACAGAACAUGAAAACCAUAAAAGGAGAAGUAUUGAUAUUCAAAGCACUUACGAAUGAUACUGACGGUCAAGAGGAUCCCUUCAAAAUAAAGCUAGAAGAAGCUGGAAUACAUACCCAGAAUGUUACUGUGUUAGAUUUUGAAUACUGUAAUUUAAAUGUGCUGCAACAAAAUAUCGAAAAGCCUGACAUGUUUUCAGGACUUGUCUUCACAAGUCCAAGAGCAGUCAGAGCAGUUGCAUGCAUCAAGGAUGCAAGACGCUUGCUUGGAGGAUGGAAGAAGCACCCAGUUUUUGUUGUUGGAGAGGGUACUUCAAAAAUCUUACAGAAAGAACUGUGCUUGGAUGGGGAAGGAAGUAAUGCAGGGAAUUCAAGUGCAUUGGCUGAAAUAAUUCUUCAGAAUAAAUUUGAACAUCCACUGUUGUUUCCUUGUGGGAAUCUAACAGGGGAUGAACUGUCAACUAAACUAUCUACCAGAGGUAUUACUGUUGUUGCAGUUACAGUAUAUCAGACAAAGGUUCAUCAGCACCUAGAGCAAAGAUUGCAUGAAAUUAUAUUGCAAAAUUCUGGUUUUCCAGAGAUAGUAGCAUACUUCAGUCCAUCAGGAAUGAAGUUUACAAUUCCAGUACUUGAGAAAAUGGAAGUGCCUCUACAGCAGUUGAAGUUUGUUGCCAUUGGGCCCACAACAGAAGCAGCUCUUUUAGAACAUAAAUUAAAAGUAUGGUCAGUAGCUUCAAAACCAACACCAGAACAUCUCCUAGAAGCUAUUCUGAAAUGAUGAUUGUAGUCUUUAAUAAUUGUUCUUAUCAGAGUUCUAAACAUAUCACAGGACAAAGGGCAUCAGGACAUUGUAAGUAAAAAUAUGAAAAGCAUCAGAACAGUCUCAGAAAGUUGAUUAGUAUCCUAGUAUAUUUACUGAUUAUAGCAGUGUCAUAAGGCAAGAAGUUGCGAUCCGGAUGAACGAUUCAGACUACAAGUUAUGUCGGAUCCAUGUGACUAGUCCAAUGAUGAUUGAUAUUCAUGAUUCCCCAUUAUUUUAUGUUACAAAUAAGUUAAUAUCAUUUGUUAUUUUACAAACUAUAGUUUUAAAUGGAGUACCUGUUAUUUUUGUGUCUGUACAUAUGAAAUGUCUUCACUCGGGACUGUUUCAUUUUUAUAUUCUAUCUUGUUACAGUUAAUAAAUGUUACAAUUUGAAUGACUGACAUUCCUUUAUGGAAAUCCUGCACUUUGUGGAUCUCUGCUCUUCAUUAAUUUCCUCCAUUUCUUAGUGGUAAUUACUUCAUUAUUAAUGGUUAUUCCAUGUGAAGAAUAACAGUAAAGGAAAUUGCUUACAUCACAUUUUAUUUCUGUAGACUUUGAAGAAUAUAAUUUUUGUACAAUAAAACUUGCC